AUGCCACCAAAGAAGGGAGGGAAGGACACCAAGCAGGCGCCCAAGAAGGGCAAGAUGGAGAACCUCAACAAGGGUGCCAAGAAGGCUGCAAAGAAGUGGUCUAAGGGCCGUACCCGUGAGGCACUUCAGAACGCCGUCAUGUUCGACAAGGAAACGAUGGACAAACUCAUGAAGGAAGUACCGAAGUACAAGGUUAUCACACCAUCCAUCAUCAGUGACCGUCUGAAGAUCUCCGUGGCUCUUGCCGGGAAGGGGCUCCAGCACUUGUGCAGACAGGGGCUCAUUCGGUUGGUUUCAUGCAGCAGCAAGUUUCGCGUUUACACGCGCGCUGCUACCGCAUAA